GACCAGGAGUCGACGUGUGCAGAAAUCUUGCUAGUCUGGUCCUUGUUUCCAUCUGGGUACCAGCUCUCUUCAGCCUUGCAGGCGGUGGUGUGAGAGGCCAGCGGUAAGAGGAGACAGCUUGCUUGAAUUCAGCAGGUUUAUUCUUUGUACGGCUCCAGGCUAAAAUAAGUCGGAAAAAGAAAGCGACCAGAUUCGUACCUGAAAUAAUUGCAUUCACGUAUUCUGCAGGAAGCAGCAAAGAAGAGAAGCGUACACAAGAUGAAGCCCUGCCAAAAAAUGGAAGGAAACCUUGAAAAGGAGGAUGAGCCAAAGCCGGAGGAAGAGCCAAAGCCUGAGGAAAAGCCAGAGGAGGGGGAGGAACCUGAGGAGGAGGAAAAAUCCGAAGAAACUUUUCGGGAGAGGCUGAUUCAGUCUCUUCAGGAUUUUAAGGAGGAUAUACACAACAGGCAUCUGAGCAGUGAAGAUAUGUUUAGAGAUGUGGAUGAGCUAGACGAGAUCAGGAGAGUGAGAAACAAACUAAUAGUGAUGCGUUGGAAGGCUAAUCGAAGCCAUCCUUACCCCUAUUUAAUGUAGCUUGGCUUCGUUUCCAUUUUAUCUGACGUUACCAUUGCAAUCUAGCUUUCUUUUGAUUAGCAUUUUCCCGAUAAGACCUUUGCCCAUCUUCCUCCUUUGAAUCUGUUGCUGUUAGUGGCUUUAGCUGUAUCUCUUGUUGUCUGUAUCUUACUGUUGAUUAUAUUUGAACCAAUCUAUAAGUCUCUGGCUUUUAACAGAAGAGCUUUACUGAUUUGUAAAAAAAAAAAAAGAAAAACCCCAACAAAAUGAGCUUCUGAUGGGAUACAAAAUGAGAAAAGGUUACAAAAUAAUAUGGGAAUAUCAUAUUUUGAAAGACAGGAGUACCUUUGUAUGUUACAUAUAUGCACAUAUAAACUUGUCAAAGAUGAAUGAUUUUUCUUCUGCUUAUUUGUAUUUGCCAUAUUCCUAAAAUGAACACGCAUUAUUCUUGCUAAAAAUAAUAAAGGUUUUAUAACUAAAAAUAA